UCUUUUGUUAGAAUGACGGCUUCGUCCUCGAUAGUAACAAAUGUUAAUUCAACUUCACGACUUAAUAAUAACCAUGAUUUUGAAAGAGUUGGAGAAAAUCCUGGUGAUCUUGAAGUAGUAGUCGAAAAAACGUCUAGUAAUUCUUUAUUGAUGUCGCCUACAAAUACUCAAGAAUCAAGAACAGUAUCUACUAAUAAUAUAAAAUCAAAACGAAAAUGGAUUGUUUUAGCAUCAUUUUCAUUCCUUUCUUUUUCUAAUGCGGUUCUUUGGAUUACUUUUGGACCAUGUCUUUAUAUUUUCAUGGCUCAUUAUAACCAAAUAACACCAUCUUAUAUAAACGCUUUAGCGACCGUGUAUAUGGUCGUAUACCCUAUAUUAUUAUUACCCGUCCUCAAGAUAUUUGAUAAAUGGGGCUUACGCCAAGGAGUUCUUAUCGGUGCAUUUUUAAAUGCGCUUGGAACCUUCUUGAGAUUUUUAGGCUCUUUUGAAGCAUCCGGGUUUUGGUUAUUAUUUUUAGGUCAGACAUUAACUGCUAUUGCUGGAGUAUUUAUUUUAGGAGUUCCACCGAAAUUAGCGAAUACCUGGUUUAAUUUUGGAGAACAAAAUUUAGCAACAGGAAUUGGAGUUACUGCCAAUAAUGCUGGGAUUGCUGCUGGGUUUUUAUUAUCACCAUGGUUUAUUAAAGAAGACACAGCUGCGACUGAUAUUCCUACAUAUUUAUUAAUACAAUUUGGUGCAUGCUCAAUUAUUUAUUUGAUUUGUGUAGCCACAUUUACAUCCGAAGCAAAAUUACCUCGCAGUGGUGUUAGUAAAAAAUUGGCGACAUUUUCGACAAUAAAUGGUUUUUGUACAGAUAAAACAUUUAUGAUACUAGCAACAUCUUAUGGAUUAACUGUUGGUUCGUCAUAUGCUGUGAGCACUUUAUUAGCUCAAAUUAUAGUUCCUGUCUUCAAAAUGCACGAUGAGUCACAGGUUGGAUUUUUGGGAUUUAUUAAUGUAAUAGCUGGAAUGGCUGGAUCUGUUCUAAUUGGAGUUUAUCUAGAUCGCACAUUCGCAUACAAACGAUCAUGUCGUAUAUUAUAUAUUAUCACCUUUCUUUCGCUAGGUGGCCUCAUUACAGGUUUGAAGAUUAAGAAUAUGUUUUUUGUAACCGUGUCAUGCAUGUUCUUUGGUUUAUCUUCGUUUGCAAUAACUCCGGCAGUAUUCCAAUAUGCGCCAGUAAUUACUUCCAGCCGUCUAGUAGAAGAUGAAAUUACGAGCACAGGAAUCCUAAAUUCUGCAGCACAAAUAUGGGGCAUCAUACUUGUUUCUCUAAUGGACAUUACUGAAAAUAUUAAUCAGGAAUUUACAAUGGAAAUGCCUUGUUUGUUGUUACUUGCCAUUGCAUUUAUAGGUAUAAUACUAAUUUGGCUAGUUAAAGAAGAUCAUGAUGUAAAAGAAGUUAAAGAACGAGAAACUCGACAUUUAAUGAAUAGAGAAUAGCUUAUUAUAAUAACGUCUUAUUCCUCUGUAUUAUAUGCUGUACUUUGGUCCCUACAAAGUAUUUCUAUUGUUUCCACUAUUUGUUUUCUUAAUGACUCUUUUAGAAAUUAAAUUUUGUUUAGAUUAAAUAUAUAUAAUAAUUAUAGAAACAAAAAACAAAAUAAAUUAUCUACCUGCAUCUUCAACAGC